AUGCGGGCAUUGUGGGCGGGGCUAUUGGCGGCGCUGUCCGUCGCCGGCGCCGACGCCAUCCUGGUGCUGGGCAGCGCCGCAGCGGCGGGUACUGGCGUCUCGCUGGGGCUGGGCGGCGCAGCCGGCGGCAUCGCGUCUGGCUUGGCGGCUAUUGGUUUACUAGGUAAGCCACAGGUCGUCAGGGAAACAGCUCUGUUAAGGGUCAUAUCCCGCAGGAUUCAAAGAGCGCUCAAGCUCGGCCUGAUCGCGCUGGCGGGAACAAAGGCCGCCGUCUUCGGCAAGGGCGGCGGCUGCCGCGGCGGUGGCUACGGAGGAGGAGGCUGCGGAGGCGGCUGCGGUGGUUACAGGGGCGGCUGCGGCGGAGGGCACCAUGGAGGAGGAGGAGGCUACGGCGGAGGUGGAUAUGUAGCCGUCUACAGCGUCCCCGCCGGUGGAGAAGGAGAUGGAUACGGAGGUGGAGGACAUGGGGGCGGAGGAGGAUACGGAGGCGGUGGCUCUGGAGGUGGACAUGGCGGAGGACACGGUGGAGGAGGAGGAGGCGAUGUAUACGGAGGCGUAGGCUUUGGAAGCGGACACGGCGGGGGAGGGGGAGCGGGCGGAGGCGGCGGCGGAGGUGGUUAUGGAGGUAGCAUUGAAGACGGAGGAUUCGGUGGAGGCAGCAGCUACGCCUCGCUUGACGCCGGCGUCGGAGGCGACUUUGGAGGAAGCAGCUACGCUUCCCUUGGAAGCGGUGGAGGAGGUGGCCAUCACGGCUACAGGAAGCGCAGCGUGGCCCAGGAAGGUUUCCCGGGAAGCGUCCAGGAGAUGCUUGAACGUCCCUCGGAGGACGCCUACUUCCGACUGGUGCGAGCCGCCGACGCCUCGCGCUGCGGCCAGCGGCUGGUGUGCGAGCUGGCGUCCCGAGCGGGCUUGGGCCUUGACCUCGAUGAGCAGAUGAUCCUCGAAGUUCUCAAGAAGGACGAGGCCCGCGCUUGCUACGAGACGGCGAUGGAGGCAGGGUACUCGGGAGCGGCCUGCAGCACCAUCUACAAGACGUGCCCCUACAGCAGCCAGCAGAUGAUGGCCGUGAUCAGGACCAUAGGAGAGGAUGUCUUUAAAACCAGGGUUCCCAGAGAUGAAAAACCUAUUUCUUCUCCUGUACGGAGGUUUUCUUCAUCUUCCUCGCGCGAAAAGAGUGUGAUCAUGAAGACUGACAACGGCAAAAGCCUAGAGAAAGAGAUGAGGAAAGUAGAGAACAAAAGAUAUAGGUACAGAAAAUCCAUCUUUGAACUGCCAAACUUCCUUUGA